ACACAUAAAUAUAUAAAACAAAUUUUAGAUUUUCUCUUCCAAACAAGUCGUGAUUACUGGAGACUCGAUGUUUUUGUUUUUUUGCCCCUCCUGUCCGAAAGCGAAGCAGCCUUCCGGGACGCAGCUGCAGCCGUAUCAGCCUGUGUCAGGGCUUUCCACUUGUGCUGCAUUUUGAUGUCGUCCAGGCGGGUAAAAGCAGCUGCUUGCACCGACCACGACCUCGUUUACUAUCAUUAAUGGUCAAGAAGCAACAUGAAAUCUACUCAGCAGUGGCUCCUGGUCGGUUUGGCGCUUCUGUGUGUUUACGGAGGAGUUGAAUCUAAGAGGAAUUUCAAAUGUCCUUCAGGAUGCACCUGUACCAAGGAGACCAUCAUAUGCGUCGGUGCUUCACAGAUCCCACGAACUAUACCGAGUGAGGCCAACUCACUAAGCAUAGUAAAUGGGUCUAUUUCUGAAAUCACGGAAGGGAUGUUUUCACUUAUGCCCUCUCUUCAGCUGCUACUUCUAAAUGCAAAUUCUUUGACAACAAUUAAAGACGAUGCUUUUUCUGGCCUUCCACAUCUAGAAUAUUUAUUCAUCGAAGGGAACAAGAUUGAAACGCUCACCAAAAAUGCCUUUCGUGGUCUGCGAGAUUUGACUCAUCUUUCGCUCGCCAAUAACAAGAUGAGGUUUCUGCCAAGAGAUCUCUUUUUCGACUUGGAUUCAUUGCUGGAACUGGAUCUGCGAGGCAACUCAUUCCAGUGCAUUUGUGAGAACAAGUGGCUGAUGGUGUGGCUGAAAAACACAAAUGCCACAGUAUCAGAUGUCUUCUGCGCAGGCCCCGCUGAUAUGAAGGGCAAGCGGCUCAAUGACCUUCCUAUUCCACCGGGCGAAUGUAUCUCCACAGACUUUGUGCGUCAUCAGUCGAUUCCCAUUCAAUCCAUGUCAGCGGACAUCUUCUCCUUUAAAGAAGACAUCUACGUGGCAAUGGCUGCCCCCAACUCCAACAGUUGUGUGGUCAUGGAGUGGGAUCACAUUGAAAUGAAUUUCAGAAAAUUUGACAAUAUAACAGGGAAGUCUGUUGUUGGAUGCAAGUCAGUUCUGAUCGACAACCAUGUAUUGAUAAUUGUUACCCAGCUCUUUGGCGGCUCCCACAUUUACAAGUUUGACGAUCGGCAAAACAAGUUCACAAAGUUUCAAACUAUUGAGGUCUUCAACAUCUCCAAGCCAAAUGACAUUGAGGUCUUCCAAAUGGACGGUGAGUGGUACUUUGUGAUUGUGGACAGCUCCAAGGCGGGUUUGUCUACUCUGUACAAGUGGACCGACCAACCAGACCGUAAUGAAACAGGUUUCUACUCCUACCAGUUUCUCCACGAGUGGUUUCGUGAUACAGAUGCUGAAUAUGUGGAGUUGGACGGAAAGUCUUACCUCAUCCUGACCAGCCGGUCUCAGUCACCUGUCAUCUACCUAUGGAACAAGAGCACCCUGAAGUUCAUAUUUCACAGUGAAAUCCCAAAUGUAGAUGACGUGGUGGUAGUCAAAUCUUUCCGGAUUGAGGAUGAGUUAUAUCUGGCCAUGACUUGCUACAUUGGUGACUCAAAAGUCCUCAAAUGGACCAAUAAGCAGUUUACUGAGGUGCAGGCUCUGCCUUCUCGGGGAGCGAUGAUCCUCCAGCCUUUCACCUUCACAGACAGGCACUACCUUGCUCUUGGCAGCGAUUAUUCUUUCACACAAAUCUACCUCUGGGAUGCCGAGACCAAAACCUUCCACAAGUUCAAGGACAUUUAUGUGCAGUCGCCCCGGUCCUUUACAGUGAUGACCACUGACCGAAAGAAUUUCAUCUUCUCCUCAAGCUUCAAAGGCAAAUCGAUGGUUUUUGAGAAUAUUAUUGUAGAUUUGAGCUUAUAAUGUCAUGCAAAAUAAUGACUAAUCAUAGCUGAUGGUCUCUCAGAUCAAUAUUUGUGUGUGUGCUACAAAGGAGUUUCAAAUGCUGCAUAUCCUCUUCAUGCAACUAGAUAUAUCUUUCUUGGUUUGAGACAAAAAUUUUAAGCAAGUUUCUGCAACUCAUAUGUAUUUAUAACAAUGACUGGUCCCACAUAGUUAACUUUAAACUGAAGGCUGACAGAAACAUAAUCAAAUGGCAACUUUUGAAAUGAAAACAGCAUGAAGAUGAUUUUACUGCAUAGAUUAAAUUUUAAGAGGUGUUGGCUUUUAUUUUAAUUCUGUCAAAAAAUGGCUGAGCCAAGGGUUGUCUAUUACAGCUAUACCUACUAUUGAAUAUAGUUUGGCCAUCUAUUUGCACCUAUUGACGCUAGAAUCAAAAUGAAAACUGAGCAUUUGUAGUAUCAAUGUUUUGGUAUCAAUCUGCCAACCCUUACAAAAUGUCCAAAGUUAUCCUAAAAUGCUCUUAACUUUGUGGGUAAAAUGAUUUGUUUGAGACAGCUGGAGCUUAUGUCCUCUGAGCAGCCAGUAGAAAAGAUGAAGCCAUCUCAUCCCAGUAACUGUUGUGACUUAAUAUUAUUUAAAUGUGCAUGAAACAGAGGUUUUCCACAAGAUGUUUCCCCCCAAAAUACAGCUGAAUGUAUUAGCUAAAUAUAACAAGCUUAAGCCUAAUUACACGGCAUUUAUAACAAGCUACUGUUAUAACAGAGUGCCUGAUUAGUGUCAGAACUAAAUAUAAUUUCAUCCUGAUUACUAUGCAAAUGUAUAAUACUGAGUGUUGCUCUGAAUUACAAUCACGAGGUUAAUUGUGUGCUGCUAUGUGACUUGAAUGGUUUCAAGACACAAAUCUGUGCUCUUUUCUUUAGGCUACUGAUCUUUUGUUAUUUUUUUAUGUAUUGUACAUAAUUCAUUACAGUCAGUUUGGCUUGAUAUAUAAACAUUUUUUCACAUACUUAACAAUGGCAUGAUGUGUAAAUUAGGCCAUGGUCUUUAUAGACUAUCAAACACCUCAAAGUCACAAAAUGCUAACAAUCAAGCAUAAACAAUAUGUUUCUGUUAGUAUUUUCAAUAUAUCUAUCCUGAUGUGCAUCCUAAGAACAAGUUUGUGUUAAUGCAUUAAAGAAUA